AUGAUGGCUGAGAUACUGAGAAACCAAGGAAGAGAAGUGGAGAGACAAAGAGAAGCUUAUAGAGUUGAAUCCACAAUAAUUCAAGAUUACUUUGGAGAUUUGAUUCCAAGUUUCCAAGAAGAAGUAAACUUUGUUGGAAUAGAUGGAUCAGCACAUAGAGAAGAAGCUUGGAAAGGAGAGCAUGAUGUUUUUACUCAAGAAUCACCCAAUGAGAAGAGGGAUGUUCAUGGAGGAAGAAAUUAUCAGCAACCACCUCACAAGAGAAGAAUGGAGCCAAGGAGCAAUUUUGAAGAUUUGAUAACUUUCAUCAAGAGUUCUCAUAGAGAGCACACAGCCUUGAUUGAUGAGAGAUUGGAGUCAGCCUUCACGAGAUUGAAUGAGAAGUUGGAUUCAAUUUCUCUUUCACAAGAGACUUGGAUCUUAGAGUUGCCAACAUAG